CACCCACUCCCACACUCUCCACUUACUCACUCACACUCCCCACUCUCACUCUGUCAAAAUGGCUCACAACCGCCACCACCUCCUCCUCCUCCUUCUCGCCGUCUUCGCCGCCGCAGUCUCCGCCCACAACAUCACAGCAAUCCUCGAAUCCGACCCUAACUACAGCCAGUUCAACAGCUACCUCUCUCAGACAAAACUCGCCGACGAGAUCAACUCUCGCACCACCAUCACCGUCCUCGCCAUCCCAAACUCCGCAUUCUCUUCCAUCACACAGAACCACCCCUUACCAGUCAUCAAGAACCUCCUCAGCCUCCUCGUCCUCCUCGACUACUUCGACCCCACCAAGCUCCACAAGAUCACCGACGGCACCACCCUCACCACCACCCUCUACCAAACCACCGGCAACGCCGAGGGAAACAUCGGAUCCGUCAACAUCACCGACAUCCGCGGCGGCAAGGUCGCCUUCGGCUCCGCCGUUCCAGGCUCCAAGCUCGCCUCCACCUACACCAAAUCAGUUAAACAGAUUCCUUACAACAUCUCCGUCCUCGAGAUUAGUGCUCCGAUAAUCGCGCCAGGGAUCUUAACCGCUCCAGCUCCGUCAUCCUCCCUUAACAUAACGGCGCUCCUCGAGAAAGCAGGUUGCAAGACGUUUGCCAGCUUGAUCGUCUCUAACGGCGUCAUUAAGACAUUCCAGUCAACGGCUGAUAAAGGUUUGACCAUUUUUGCACCUUCCGAUGAGGCAUUCAAGGCAAAAGGCGUUCCCGAUCUGAGCAAGCUCACCAACGCUGAGAUCGUUUCGCUCUUACAGUACCACGCCGCCGCUAAGUACCUUCCUGUCGGUUCCUUGAAGACUUCCAAGGAUGCCAUUAGUACAUUGGCCACUAACGGUGCUGGAAAGUACGAUUUGACGGUUUCCGUUGCCGGAGAUUCAGUUACAUUGCACACCGGUGUUGAUUCUUCUAGGGUUGCGGAUACCGUGUUGGAUUCCACUCCCCUUUCUAUUUACACUGUAGACAGCGUUCUCCUUCCUACGGAGCUUUUCGGAAAGUCGCCGUCGCCGGCGCCUGCGCCAGAGCCUGCCAGUGCUCCGUCUCCAACUCCUGCAUCAGCUCCGUCGCCGGCUGAGGCUCCUUCUCCUCUCCCAGCUUCGCCGCCAGCACCUGCCGGUGAUGUUCCCGCUGGUGCUCCGUCGGACGCGCCAUCGGCGGAGGCGGAGCGUAGCGGCACCUCCCCUAAGUCUGCUAGCGUGAGAGUUGAAGCUUCUUUUGCGGUUCUCACUUUUACAGUAGCUGCUUUGUGUGCGGUUGUUUUCCCCACUGUUUUCAUGUCCUGAUCUGUAAUUUCACCUUUUUUGAGCUUUUUUUUCUUUUUCUUUUUUUUUCACUUUUAUUUUACUCUGUUCCCUCGAUGUGAUUGGAUUGGAGAUUUUUUUUCUUAAAUUUAUUUUUUUGUUAUAAAUUACAUUAGGCAUGUGAUGAUGAUGUGAACGUUACGCUGGUUUUAGUGUAAUUUACUUUCUUUUUUACUUUA